AUGCAUUUAGAUUGUAUGAAAUCCAUUAAGGACUGGCUCCCGGUGGACUACAAAAAUGAAAUAAUUCAACUUUUCAAAAUUGCAGGACCUGUGUUCAUUUCACACCUGAUGAUCUUUCUCAUCGGGUUUGUAAGUGUGAUGUUCUGUGGUCAUCUGGGGGAAACUGAGCUUGCGGGUGUUACAUUGGCAAUCUCGGUUAUUAAUGUGACUGGUAUUUCAGUUGCUGCUGGUUUGGCAUCAGCCUGUGAUACACUCAUAUCCCAGACUUAUGGGAGUGGAAACCUAGAUCGUGUGGGUGUCAUUCUCCAAAGAGGUGUUUUGAUUCUGCUCCUUGCUUGCUUCCCCUGCUGGGCUAUCCUCAUAAACACAGAGCCCAUCCUACUCGCUGUCAAACAAAGCCCAGAGGUCGCACGACUUUCCCAGCUGUAUGUGAAUAUCUUCAUGCCUGCUUUGCCAGCUGCUUUCAUGUACCAGCUGCAGGGAAGGUAUCUGCAGAACCAGGGUAUAAUCUGGCCUCAGGUGAUUACUGGAGUAAUUGGAAAUGUUCUUAAUGUAGCUGUCAACUGCAUCCUCCUCUAUGUGCUGGAUCUGGGUAUUGUUGGAUCUGCAGCAGCAAACACCAUCUCACAGUUAUCUUUGACUCUGAUCUUGUACAUUUAUACCCGCUGGAGGGGUUUACACAAGGAGACAUGGUCCGGUUGGUCACUGGACUGUCUGCAGGAAUGGGGCCUGUUCACCCAGGUGGCCAUCCCCAGCAUGCUCAUGCUCUGUCUUGAGUGGUGGACUUUUGAAAUUGGAGGAUUCUUGGCUGGUGUGAUCAGUAAGGUUGAGCUGGGAGCUCAGUCAGUUGUUUAUCAGAUGGUCACCAUUGCGUUCACGUUCCCAAUGGGACUUGGGGCAGCUGCAAGUGUGCGGGUUGGGAAUGCUCUUGGUGCUGGGAAUGCUGAACAGGCCUUAACAUCUGGAAAGAUCUCCAUCAUCUGUGUUUUGGCAGUCUCAUGCUGCGUUGGAAUUUUUCUUGCAUUAACUAAGGAUGUGAUUGGUUACAUCUUUACAACAGAGAAAGAAAUUGUUCAGCGGGUUGCUGAUGCUAUGAUCAUAUAUGCCUUCUUCUAUCCUGCAGAUGCCAUGGCGGGUGUUACAGGGGGAAUUAUACGUGGAACGGGGAAACCAAGGAUUGGGGCUAUCUGUAACGUGGUGGGUUAUUACUGCAUUGGCAUUCCUAUUGGACUGUCCCUGAUGUUUACUGCCAAAAUGGGCAUCGUUGGACUGUCGUUGGGGCUUCUUGUUUGUGUCACUCUGCAGUCUACAUUCUUUAGCAUUGUCUUGUGGAAACUAAAUUGGAGAAACGCAGCUGAAGAAGCAAUGGUGAGAGCAGGAGUCCUGACCACAGAAAACAAAGAAGUACUGGCAAUGGAAACAAAGGAACAUGCCUGUUCAGAGUCCCAGAUCAGCGUAAUUUCAUCUAGCAUCCUGAACCAUGAGGCGUGGACCACAGACCUGCAGGUGCUCUGUCCGGGCCGUGAUCAGAAAGCUGAUACAGCAGUACCACGGCCUCUGUUGGUCAGGCAGCUGGUCUUACGUCGUGGCCUGACUGUGCUGGUCAUGGUGCUCAUCCUGAUAGUUGGAAUACUAACCCGCAAAAUGCUUCUCAGAUGGCUGAAGUGACCAAGACUAUACUGACUGCUGGCUGUCUCACAAUUGUGUGGUUACAUAUGGUGCUUUUUCAGAUUCAACAAAGCUUUUUUUGUUGUUGUUAUUUUUUUGUUUCUUUAUUUUCCUUAAAAAAGUCCAGAGUGUAACU